UAAAUAACAAUAAAAUUAUCUGGAGGGCCAGAUAUGAUCACCCGAGGGCCGGAUCAGGCCCCUGGGCCUUGACUUUGAGACAUGUGAAAUAGAUCAAAAGAUGAUUGGUGUGGUACUUCAGCAGUUUCCUUAAAUUUCCCCCUUAAUAAUUGUAGUUAUUUUCCAAUAAAACAGUAAAUAAAAAAACAAAAUGUUUUUGGCCCUCUUGUGGAUCAUUUGCUUGUUUUGUUGAAACAUUUAGAUUCCUGUAAGGGCCACAAUAACUUAAAAUGUUUUUAUUAUUUUCAAUGUUUACCUCUAUGGGUUAAAGAGGUGUGAGGAGGGUGCUUAUUUUGUAAAUUAUUAAAUUUUAAAAAUUAAUUAAUUGAUGUUGUGUACUUUGUAUUGUUUGUGUUAUAUCAAUAAAGAUUUGCCAAGGUGCUAUUUUCUGAUUAAUAAACCAAUCAAAUAAAACUGCAGUUUUCAUUUUAAGUCUCAGCUGAUAUUAGAUGUUUUUUAAAACAAACGUUUCAUAUUUAAUGAAAUUAUUUGCUAAAUCAAAUAAAAUCAAUUAUGGAUCGUUUUAACUAAUUUGACAUGUAUUUUUUUUUUAGCCAGCCUUUGUGGGAGUUUCUGUAAGAGCUGCGUCGAUCACUCGUUUUGUAUUUAAGCUGAGAUGCAAAGUGACUUCCUCCAGGCUGGCGCUCCAUCUCGCCGCGCGCGCCGCGUCCAUGUAACCUGCGCUCAUAUAAACACAGGGCGGCUGUCAGCACAGGUCAGUGGAGAGGCGGUUCGAUUCCCCACGCUGUAUAGUGUCUCAGGAGCAGCACGCUUGGCGCUUUGACCGCCUGAUGUAGAAAAGCAAAACGCUUCGGAGUCAUCACCGAGUCUGCUUCAACAGGAAACGACACCAAACUGAAACCAGAGACGUCGAUGAAGCCAUGGAAAGAGCAUCGUCCACAGACAGGCGCAGAGCUUGGAUCAACAGCCGACAGAGGCCCACGCUGGAGGAGCCUCAAGGGUUGUUAUCCACCUCCAUGAUUGAAGACAACGUCUUCCCAGACAGUGAGAGCAAAGAAAAGAUUGAGAGUUGGCUUCGUGGCUGUAGGUCAGAUGACAACGCUAGAGUCAGCUUUGAGGCUGAACUAGCUUUAAAUUUUCCUGAUGACUUGAGCCUGGGAGCUGAUGCCUCAGUUGUAGGUGUUGCUUCAGUUACACACAGAGCUGGAACAAGGCGUCGAAGACUUGGUUUGCCGCCACUGAAGCAUGGGCUGAGCAUGACCUCCAGCUGCUACUCCACAUCCACCUGCAAAACUAUUUCAAGCGUGUCAGAUAUCCUGCAGCUGUAUGAGGAGGAUGCAGAGGAGGUUCUAUGUGCGCUGGGUUUCGGCGGCGAGGAGGAGCAGAUCACAGCACGUAUCCCGUCUCGGUUUUUAAACUCUCCCUCCCACGCUAGCGGCAUCAAUUUGCGGCUUUUCCUGGACUCCCAAAUCCAGCGGAUACGAGAAGAGGACCACAGACUCUGUCUCGCCAGUCGUUUUAGACAGGUGGAAGUGCUCACGGCUACCGCCAAUGCUUUCUAUUCGCUCUACUCCUACGUGUCCCGCACUCCUCUUCAGAAACUGGACACGCCAGUGUUUACCUUCCCUUCUCCCGUGAGGAAGAUGGAGCGCUUUCAACCCAGCACCUCCAGCGGACCUCGCUCUCCUGUGGAGCGGCUGAAGGACACCGUUCACAAGAUGUGUCUGUACACGGGCUCCCCUCGCGGGUUUGAGUCCACCUCUCCACAGCCGUUACACAGGAAGAGGUCCAGCGUUCCCGACAUCGUCGAGCUAAUCAUGAGAACUAAAACGGGGACCGCCAAGAAGCUGGAUUUGGAGGAACACAACGCAAACAAACAGAUUGUAGAUGACAGGCUGACAUCUUGGGACGGGGAAAAGGAACCAAUGCAGGAGGUAGAUGCAAAUAUAAGUCAACAUGACACUAAAGUCUGUGAAAUGGAAGACAACAUACGAAAAGAACAUGUUGAACUUGGCAGCACUAAUAGUGGUCCAAUAUUUUUUGCAACACUGUCCUCUUCAGAAGAAACUUUAACAGACCCUGAACAACAGUUUCCUGUAUCUUGGUCGGAGCUGGACUCUUGUCCCACCCAAAGCGAUGCAGGAGCAGUUGAGCCGCUCCCUACUUGUGAUUUUUGUGGUCAGAUCCCACACAAUACAAACUGUUCAUUACCUGGAGAACACAUAGACGCACCAUCACCUGAAUCAAAUAAAUCCUGUGUUCUCGCUCAAGAUUGCAGCCCGCACACGACUAAUGUUACAGAACUCAGCGGCGGCUGCGGUCGUUGCUGCAUCACAGUGACCGGCUGGGAUGGAGAGAACGAGUCUCCACGUUCCACAAAAACUGCACGUUUUCAAUACGCUCUGCCUGUGGUACCCACGGUAACCAGCAAGGAGUCGAUAAAACAAGGAGACACAAAGUACCUGAAGCCGAUGACGCAUCCCAGCAUGGGCGACUUCUCCAGUACUCGCCAACAAGUCAACUCCUUUGAGUUGGAAGAGGUGCACAGCGCCGGAGAAGAGGAUUUUGGACAAUCCGAACUUUCAAAAACUUCACAACUUUCCAGAUGUCCGAAUAAAGGUGAGGUGGUUCGGGGUGACAGCGUGCAGUCGGACAGCAGCGGAUAUGCAGAUGAAGACCUCGGCCCUUCAGCAGAGAAACUCAGCAGCUGACAGAAAACUCUCCACUCGCAAGAGUCAAUUGUGAAAUCUUAAAAAUGAAGAAAAAGUUUACCUUGAUCUUCAGAUACUGCAAUAUCUCCAGAUGUGAAGUUUUUAUAGUUCUUGAAUGCAUGGAUGAAUAGAGUAAUAAUAGAAAAAACUUUUAAAAAGUUGAAGCACAGUAAUACCUUUUAAAUAUUUUAUAAAAAAAACAGCUACAGAUGCACUUUAAACAUUAAAUUUAAUGUGUUUUUUGUAAUGUUUUAUUUUUAAUUAUUUAUAACCAUAAACAGAUUUUUUUUUAAAUGUGUCAUCUUUAUGUAGGGCUGGGUUGGUAAAAUCAAUUUGUUUUGAUCUAAGCUUAAUAGAUCAAUAAUCAAUGCAUAAAAGUGGAAAUCGAUCUAAAGCGUUAAGCUAAAGUCUGCUAGCUUGAUGCUAACUUGUAAUGGGAUUUCCCAUUGGAUGGCUAAUGCUAACACUCACUCGACCAAAACAUACAUUCCUGACUAAAUUAACAUCUUUAUACAUUCACAAAUAUUAAUUUUCUAAAGUUUUUUAAGGAAAUAUUUUUAAAAUAACCAUUUCUGGCCUAAAACACAGUUUUUGCUCAUGAAAAAACAGAAUCGAAUCGAUUCUGUAAUUAUUGUCGAUACCCAGCCCUACUUUUAUGUGUUGAAGAAAAACAGUAGUUACUUUGCUUAUAUAAUCGCAUAAUAAACAUUAUAAGCUGCAAUAAAUGUUACAGCUG